GCCAAUUUGAAAGAGUCAAGAACUUGGAAAUUUCUAACAACCGAAGUGGACAUACUUUGAUAUUAUGGAUUACGUUGACCACGGACCUUUUUUUUUUCUUUUUUCGGUGUAUAAUUUGACUGAGCUCUCCAGUCAAAGAUGGCUUGUUCUUUCUCUUACUAUAUCAUAUCAUUUUUAAUAUAUUUUUUCUUGUAAUGUUAUAUUUAAAUAAGAUAUGAAAUUGAUAGGUGUAUGUUUGGAACUUGGCUGUUGGAGAGUUGUUUUUGGUGACUGCACCAAUGGGAAAUCUCUGUGGGAGACCUACUAGAUGUGCAAAUGCUUCAUCUCCAUUUGCCUCAAAGAAUACACUGACAGGGAGUAGUACUUCAAUCUCAACUGACUCAAGCAAGAAGGCUUCAUCUAAAGCCACAAGUUCUCUUCCAUCAUUCAAUAAUACUGAUGGAUCACCUACCAAGUUGAAAUCUUUCAGCUUGAAUGAGUUGAAGGCUGCAACAAGAAACUUCCGUUCCGAUUCUUUUCUUGGUGAAGGAGGAUUUGGAUGCGUGUUCAAAGGGUGGAUCGAUGAGAAGACAUUUGCGCCUACUAGACCGGGAACUGGUAUUGUUGUGGCGGUCAAGAAAUUGAAACGGGAAAGCUUUCAAGGACACAAGGAAUGGCUUACAGAAGUUACCUAUCUAGGUCAGCUCCACCAUGAAAACUUGGUGAAACUUAUUGGAUAUUGUUCUGAGGACGAUAACAAACUUCUUGUCUAUGAGUUCAUGCCGAGAGGAAGCUUGGAGAAUCAUUUAUUUAAGAGAGGGGCGCAGCCAAUAAGUUGGAAUAUGCGAGUGAAUAUUGCUGUUGAUGUUGCUAGAGGAUUAUCAUUCCUACACAGUUUACCGAUCCAAGUAAUAUAUCGUGAUUUAAAGGCUUCAAAUGUUCUCCUUGACUCGGAUUUCAAUGCAAAGCUAUCUGAUUUUGGUUUAGCUAGAAAUGGCCCUACUGGAGAUAAUACUCAUGUUUCAACCCGGGUAGUUGGAACUCGGGGUUAUGCUGCUCCAGAAUACGUUGCCACGGGUCGUUUAAGUUUAACGAGCGAUAUGUACAGCUUUGGAGUCGUGCUGUUAGAGCUUUUAUCAGGACGCAGAGCGCUAGACGAAGACAGAGGUGCCGCAGAGGAGACUCUAGUAGAAUGGGCAAAGCCGUUCUUGAGCAACAAAAGGAAAAUGUUCAGAAUAAUGGACACAAGAUUAGGGGGUCAAUACUCCAAGAAAGGAGCUCAGACAAUUGCCUCUUUGGCUUUACAGUGCAUUCAUAUAGACCCUAAAAACCGACCAAAUAUCGCAGAAGUUCUCGCUGAACUAGAAAAGCUUCAAAGUGCUAGAGAGUCGAUGGCAGCAACGCAACAGAUCUAUUCACGAGGGUAGGGUGUUGGUUUACUGGAUCGAGUCUGGUUCAAAGGUUCAUUGUAGAUGCACCCCGUGUACUAUAUCAGUGUAGCCGCUUGUAUGCUCUAAAUUAUUUUAUUAGCAUUUGCACCUUCUGAAUGUAAGGCGAUGUUACUUUUUUUCCCCUCAAUUUAGAGAAUAUCAUAUUUUUUUUUGGGUUAAUUGUACACAGACCU